AUGCGCGUCAUCGGUUUGUUCUUUACCGCGGUCUCUGUCACCCUUGCUUGGGCGACUCCGCUUGCCAAGCGUGCAACGCAGGUUUCUUUGAUCAGCCAGUCAUAUAGCGGUGGCACUUUGUCUGGUACCAUCAAGGUUCAAAACAUCGCGUACUCCAAGGUUGUAUCUGUCACUUGGGCAAAUGGGAAUAAUUGGGGCUCCGGAAACACUAUUUCGGGUAGCUACGUCUCAGGUCCCGAUUCCUCCGGUUACGAAGUCUGGGGUUUCUCUGGCACUGCCUCAGGAGCUACUCAGUUCUACAUCACUUAUAAAGUCAACGGCGCCAGUUACUAUGACCCUGGAAACAAUAACAACUACCAAAUCAGUUCGUCACCACAAGGUGUCGAUACCUUCGCUACGAACUCAGGUCUCGACGCAUGGCUUGAUACCGAAGCCUCUUUUGCCCAAGCCGCUUUGUUGAGAAACAUCGGUAGCAGCAACAAUACGAUCGUUGGCCCCGGUGUCAUCAUCGCCUCUCCAUCGACCAGCAACCCGAACUACUUCUACCAAUGGACUAGAGAUGGUUCUAUCGUUAUGGAACACAUCGUCAGCGAGUACCUGGAAAACGGUGCUUACUUGCAGUACAUCAAGGAUUGGGUCAAUGUUCAGAACAUUCUCCAACACACCAACAACCCAAGCGGCAGCUUCACCAGCGGCGGAUUGGGAGAACCAAAGUUCAAUGUGGACAAUUCUGCUUACACCGCAGCCUGGGGAAGACCUCAACGAGACGGACCAGCCCUUCGCGCUAUCACCCUCAUCAAAUUUGCCAAGAAGUAUAUCAAUAUCGACAGCAACUACGUUACCAACACUCUUUGGCCUGUCAUUAAACCUGAUCUCGACUACGUUGCAACAUACUGGAACCAAGGAGGAUUCGAUCUUUGGGAAGAGACAAACGGACCCCAGUUCUUCACCGUUAUCGUCCAAUACCGCUCCAUGAUUGAGGGUGCUGCCUUCGCCACCACGAUGGGUGAUACUACUUCCAAGAAUAAAUACACCGCUCCCCAAGCUAGCAUGAUUUCUACUAUCAACAGCUUUUGGAGCUCCGGAAGUGGUUACUUGAUUGCCAUGCUUGGUGGAUCAAGGAGCGGUAUUGAUUGUGGUACUUUACUCGGAUCAUUGAGGGGUGGGAGCCAUAUCUUCCCUCCAUCUGACUCCAAGGUUCUUGCUACCCUCCAUGGAUUGAUCGCAUCCUUCCAGAGUCUCUAUGGCAUCAAUCAAUCUAGCAACAAGGUCGGAUGGGCAAUUGGCCGUUAUCCCGAGGAUAUCUACGAUGGUGUUGGUACCUCUGCCGCUCACCCAUGGUUCAUUUGCACCACAACCUCCGCCCACAUCAUUUACAAGGCCCUCGCUGAGUGGUAUGCCGCCGGCUCCAUUACUAUCGACUCCACCUCUCUCAACUUAUUCAAGCGACUCACCCCUAACGCCGCCGUCGGCACAUACUCUCUUUCCACCACUGCAGGCAAGGAUUUGUACACUGACCUCUUGACCUACGCCGACAGAUUCCUUGCUGUCGUCAAGCAAUACGCUAAAUCUGCUGGUAACCUCAGCGAGCAGUUCAACAGGGGCAGUGGUGCUCAAGAAGGUGCUAAGGACUUGACAUGGAGUUAUGAGGCUAUCUUGGAGGCUAUCAAGGCCAGAAACGCCGUUAAGGACAAGUUGUCCGCAGUUACAACCACUACUUCUACUACUGCUGCUACAACUACCACUUCUUAUUCUUACCGCACCUCCACCACCACCACUCCUAUUACCUCUGCUUGCGCCCCUACUGUGACUGUCACAGUUACUGUUACGGCCUAA